AUGUGGCUGCUGUCUGUCUCGGGCCGCCUCGCGCCGCUCAGGAGCCGUUUAACGGCUCGGCUGGUGGUGGCGGCGGCGGGGGGGGCGGGGGGCGCGCGGCACUGGCCGGCGGGGGCGGGGGCGGGGGGCGCGCGGCACUGGCCGGCGCCGGGAGGGCCCGGCAGGAGCGGCAGCCUCUCCGCGGCCGCCGUGGUGGCCAAGGCCCCCGCCUCCCUCCGGCCUUACCUCCGCCUCAUGCGACUCGACAAAUCCAUCGGUACAUGGCUAUUGUAUUUACCUUGCACCUGGAGUAUAGGCCUAGCGGCAGAACCAGGCUGCCUGCCAGACCUGGCUAUGCUCGCACUCUUUGGUACUGGAGCAGUGUUGAUGCGAGGAGCUGGGUGUACAAUCAACGACAUGUGGGACAAAGACAUUGACAGAAAGGUGGCUAGAACUGGAAAUCGUCCCAUAGCUGCUGAAGAAAUCAGUCGUUUUCAAGCCUUGGUGUUUCUGGGAGGCCAGUUGAGUUUGGCGCUUGGUGUUCUUUUGUGUUUGAACUAUUAUAGCAUUGUUCUUGGAGCUGCAUCUCUGGCUUUGGUGGUCACCUACCCUUUGAUGAAGAGAAUAACGUACUGGCCACAGUUAGUUCUAGGUUUUACAUUCAAUUGGGGGGCACUUUUGGGAUGGUCCGCAGUGAAGGGUUCCUGUGAUUUGUCAAUCUGCCUGCCACUGUAUAUCUCCGGGAUCAUGUGGACAAUGAUAUAUGACACCAUUUAUGCACAUCAGGAUAAAGCAGAUGAUGUUCUAGUAGGAGUAAAAUCGACUGCAUUAAGAUUUCAAGAAAAUACCAAGCAAUGGCUAACUGGAUUUAGCACCGUCAUGCUAACAGGAUUGAUGACAGUAGGAAUAAGCAGUGAACAGACUUUACCUUACUAUGCUGCUGUAAUGGCUGUUGGAGCUCAUCUAACCCAUCAGAUCUAUUCUUUGGACAUCAGUGAACCGAAAGAUUGCUGGGAGACCUUCGGUUCAAAUCGCACUUUAGGACUUAUACUUUUCUCUGGAAUAGUGCUCGGAAAUCUGUGGAAAGGGAAGAAUAAGACUGAUCAAACUGAAGAUGUUCAGCAAUGAAUUAAUGGCAGUCUACAAUUCUGGAAGCAGAAAUCAAACAGAUGUAGUGGAGAGAUACAGAUUGAGAUUGGUUCUACUUGUACCUUCAUUUUUCUAAUUUGUAUCAUGAAUUAUAGAAGUGUGCUGUACGUUCUUUCAUGGAUCAGUCUUAAGAAAAAUAUUUCAGUCUUUUAAAAAAAUAUUUGGUUAUUAAAAUGAGUUAAUUUAUAGAGAGAA